CUUUGACGCCACAACAGUUGUCAACGAACACAUUGACGACGCACAGGAGCUUCUUCAGAUUCUGGACUACAUCCCGCUCCAAGUUCGUAGCCGGUAAUACACCACGACGCGCUCGUCGCACGCGACAGCCCCGCCAACUACCCCACCAUCUUUCCACGAAACGACAUUUGAAGCCUACAAUAUCUCAAAAUGCCUACCAUCGCGGUCGACAAGGCGGCGCUCUUCAAAGAGCUUGGUCGCGACUACACUACCGAAGAGUUCGAUGAGCUAUGUUUCGAAUUUGGCAUCGAAUUGGACGAGGACACAAGUCAGAGCACCAAGCCGGAAGACCAAGCGCAACCACCGCAGCUGAAGAUUGAGAUUCCGGCGAAUCGCUAUGACAUGCUCUGCUUCGAGGGCAUUGCCCUGAACCUUAAGGUCUUCCUGGAGAAGGAGAAGCUGCCCAAGUGGCAAGUCACGCCGCCCAAGGAUGGACAGCUACAGGAACUGCAUAUCAAGCCAGAGACCGCUCAAGUUCGCGAACUCUGCUCUGGCGUCAUUCUGCGAGGCAUCAAGUUCACACAAGCACGAUACGACUCUUUCAUUGCGCUGCAGGACAAGCUGCACCAGAACCUGGCUCGCCAGCGUACAUUGGUCUCCAUUGGAACACACGAUCUCGAUACGGUCAAGGGUCCCUUCACAUACGAGGCUCUCAAGCCGGAGGAGAUUGAAUUCAUUCCGCUCAACCAAACGAAGAAGAUGAACGGCAAGCAGCUUAUGGAGUUCUACGAGAAAGACAAGCACCUCGGUCGCUACCUGCACAUCAUCAGGGACUCGCCUCUCUACCCUGUUAUCUACGACGCGAACCGAACCGUCAUGUCGCUGCCGCCCAUCAUUAACGGCGACCACAGCAAGAUCACACUCGAUACGAAGAACGUCUUCAUCGAGAUUACAGCAACCGACAAGACAAAGGUCGAGAUCGUGAACCACAUGCUCAUUGCCAUGUUCGCAGGAUACGCCGAGUCAAUAGAGGCGAUCAAGAUCAUCUCUCCCCACAACAACGAAUCAAGAGAAUCGCCCGACCUCUCACCGCGCAAAUGGAAGGCCGAAGUCGACUACCUCAACAAUGUUACAGGUCUCGACCUCUCCCCAGAAGAGAUCUCGAAACUCCUCGCCAAGAUGGGCCACGAUGUAUCCCCCUCGAAAACGGACAAGAACAUCCUCGACGUCUCCGUGCCCAUCACAAGAGCUGACAUUCUCCACCAAGCCGACAUCAUGGAAGACUACUCCAUUGCCUACGGCUUCAACAAGCUCCCUCGCGUCUACCCGAACAAAACUGCCGCCGUAUCCGCCCCGCUCCCCAUCAAUAAACUCGCCGACAUCGUACGCCUCGAAUCCGCAUCCGCCGGCUGGACAGAAGUCAUGCCGCUCAUUCUGUGCUCGCACGAGGAGAACUUCGAGUGGCUCAACCGCGUCGACGACGGCAAGACAGCCAUCAAGCUCGCAAACCCCAAGACCGCGGAGUACCAGCUCGUUCGCACAUCACUCCUGCCCGGUCUGUUGAAGACGAUCAACUCGAAUAAGCACCACUCCGUGCCGAUGAAGAUCUUCGAGGUCAGCGACGUCGGGUUCAAGGAUGAGAGUAAGGAGCGCAAGAGCAGGAAUGAAAGACAUUUUGCUGCGGCUAUCAUGGGCAAGACUUCUGGAUUCGAGCAAGUACACGGUCUUCUGGAUCGCUUGAUGCUUAUGCUGCGAUCGAAGUUCAUGACAAGGGAAGACGGGCUGAAGAAUGCUGCGCUAGAGGGGUACUGGAUUGAAGAAGUUGAGGACAAGACCUUCCUCCCCGGCCACGCGGCAUCUGUCAAGAUCAACCUCGCCGGCAAGAACCACACCAUCGGCGUCUUCGGUAUCUUGCAUCCCAGCGUGCUGCACAAGUUCGAGCUGCCGUACCCCGUCAGCACGGUCGAGUUCAACCUCGAGGUGUUUUUGUAGACGCACUGUGUCCAGAAUGAAGCACUGUCAUGAAGAAGAGACUAGGACUCGAGUCGCAUAACCUAUCGGCCAUCUAGAACAAAAUGCAUAG